UCGUUAUUUACACCGUUAAUAGCUUACAUCGUCGUUUUUGAAGAAGCGCGCGCGAGUUUUACUGCAAAAAAAUUAAAAAUAACAGAAAGAGAGUCUACUAAAUGUCAUUAGAUACAGUGCUUGACAAAAAUACACAUAUUUAUAAUAAAAAUAUUAAAUAAAUAUCAUUUACAAAUAAAUAAAAAGCUGGAAAUAAUAAUUAUAAAUAUAUAUACAAAGGAAAAGAUAAUCAAGAAAUAUGCAAGAUGAAAAUACAUAUUUGAAUUUGUUUUCUAUAUUAUUCGUUAUUAAUUUAUAGCAUAUGUACAUAAACAUAUGCAAAAUGUAAUACAAUUUUUAAAGUGUUUUGUAAUUAUCAUCUUACAAGUUAUCAUCUACAAAGUUACUGGCGACACAAAAAAAAAAAAAAAACAUGUUGUAAUCUUUUAAUGUAUGAGAUUAAAAAAUGCAUACAUAAACAUGGAUAUGUACUUUGAGGAGGGUCGCUCCAUUGUGUAAAAUAUAAAGAAAAAAAAACGAACUUUUGUAAAGUGAAAAAGUAUUUUUGUUUUAUUUUUUUUUAAAAAUGAGUGAAAAUUAACUAUAGAAAUUAUACCAUUGGAUUAUGCUGAAUCUUAUUUUGCCAACAUGUACUAUUCGACUUCCAACAGUUAUCCCGGCUUUCGGGUAAAUUCCACGUUAAACAGAAUGGAUACCGAUGAUGUUGAAUCAACUUCAAGCAGUGCAAUGUCUAAAAUAGGAGCUCUAUUUACUUUCACUUCUCCAGCAGUUAAAAAAUUACUCGGUUGGAAACAGGGAGAUGAAGAGGAGAAAUGGGCAGAAAAAGCAGUCGACAGUUUGGUCAAAAAAUUAAAAAAAAGACAGGGUGCUAUUGAAGAAUUAGAGAGGGCGUUAUCAUGUCCAGGGCAGCCAUCAAAAUGCGUGACUAUACCAAGAUCAUUAGACGGAAGAUUACAGGUUUCACAUCGCAAAGGUCUGCCACAUGUCAUUUAUUGUCGCGUAUGGCGCUGGCCCGAUCUGCAGUCACAUCAUGAACUUAAACCAUUAGAGAUAUGUCAAUAUCCCUUUAGUGCUAAACAGAAGGAAGUAUGCAUUAAUCCCUAUCAUUAUAAAAGGGUUGAAAGUCCCGUUUUACCCCCCGUAUUAGUACCGCGUCACUCGGAAUUUGCACCGGGUCAUUCAAUGCUACAGUUCAAUAAUAUCGGCGAGUCGACAAUGCCACACAAUGUCAGCUAUUCAACCGCCGGGUUUAACAAUCAUCUCAGUCCCAACAGCCCGCCUAUGACAUCGGUUGGCAGUCCUAGUUCUGUUAAUUCCAAUCCAAAUUCACCAUACAGUAGCAUGGCUGAGACACCUCCCCCAGCCUACAGUCCCUCUGAGGAUGGUAAUUCAAAUAAUCCGAAUGAUGGUUCGCAAAUGCUAGACGCUCCUAUGGGCGAUGUGGCCCAGGUUAGUUACCAAGAACCAGCAUUUUGGGCUUCGAUUGCGUACUAUGAAUUGAACUGUCGUGUGGGUGAAGUAUUUCAUUGCAAUAAUAGUUCAGUGAUCGUUGACGGUUUUACAAAUCCUUCAAACAAUUCGGAUCGUUGCUGUUUGGGUCAGUUGAGUAACGUUAAUCGCAACAGUACAAUCGAAAACACCAGACGUCAUAUAGGAAAAGGUGUUCAUCUCUAUUAUGUUACCGGCGAAGUUUAUGCUGAAUGUCUCUCCGAUUCAGCCAUAUUUGUGCAAUCACGCAAUUGUAAUUAUCAUCACGGCUUCCACCCUAGCACUGUGUGCAAAAUACCACCAGGUUGUUCAUUAAAAAUCUUUAAUAAUCAAGAAUUUGCUCAACUACUAUCACAAUCCGUCAAUAAUGGCUUCGAGGCCGUUUAUGAACUUACAAAAAUGUGUACAAUACGCAUGUCAUUUGUGAAGGGCUGGGGAGCGGAAUACCAUCGACAGGAUGUGACUUCAACGCCUUGCUGGAUUGAAAUCCAUUUACAUGGACCAUUGCAAUGGUUAGAUAAAGUUCUUAUACAAAUGGGUUCACCACACAAUGCAAUAAGUUCGGUGUCGUAAAACUAUUGAAUACGCUAAUACAGGAUGAGAAAAACAACAACAUAAAAGUUGUAAGCAUAUUAAGGAGACGAUAAACAGAUGUUUUAUUUUCAUUUAAUUUUAAGAAAGAUAUAUAGAGUUAAGGUAAAACAAUUGAAUUAAUUUUAAAAUGAAACAAUUGAAUUAAUUUUUAAUUUAAAAUAGACGAUGAUUUGGGAAGAUGCGAUGAUAAUAAGGAAAAAGAUUGAAAAGCAGUUUAAAAGACCAUCAUUUCUAUUUUUAUUGUCCUUUUUUUAUAUUUUGUUUGAAAAGCAACAAAAAGUAAUGCCUACUAGUAAAAAUUUCAUAAAUAUUUGUGAAAUUUACAAUCGUUUUGUAGUGCUUUUGACGUACAAAGAUACGACAUCGAAUGUAAAUUGAACAAUUAAUUUAUUUUUCAUACAAAUUAUUGUAUGUUUUAAUUAAAAAAAUAAUAAUAAUAAAAAAGUAUCAUUAUUAAAAAUUA